AUGGACCACCUCGGUGGGGCCGUGGCGUUGCGGUUCGGCGAGGACGCGGACGAGGAGGAGGAGAUAGAGGGCGGCGCUGCAGGCACAAAAGGGUCCACACUGCCUCCCAUCGGCUGCAGCUUCCCCCAGCCCACCAAACGGAAGGUGAAGAAGAAAAAGAAGAAGAAAAAGACUGAGGGGUCAGGCAAGGGGGACGCAGAUAGACAUCGGAGUCGAAGCCUGAGGAACCAGCAGCUGUCUCCGUCUUCUCAUGCCCCUGUCAGCCCCAGCAAAGAUCAUGGCUCGAGGCAAGAGCAAAGACAGGACAAAGAGCAAAACAAGCUCACCCCUUCUUUCUCCUCCUCGGGGAGUCUCCCCCACUUGGACGACGUAGAAGAGACCCUUUCGAACCAGAUCAAUGAGAGUCUGCGUUGGGAUGGAAUUCUCUCCGACCCAGAGGCAGAAAAAGAAAGGAUUCGCAUUUAUAAACAGAACCGGAGGAAGCGGUACCGGAUUUUGGCCCUGAAGAGCUUCCAAUUGGACCCCUAUGCCGAGGAGACGCCUGAGAGCCUGGCCUGCCUGUCCGAUCAAAACGGCCGCACCAGCAGCAGGCAGCCCUUGUCAAAAGCCGACCGCCCCCUUCACUGCUUCGAAGGGCACCUUACUCCAAAGCUCCCACACUGUGAUUUAGCCACCACUCUGCCCGAGUGA